UGAAAAUGAGUUGCAAUCCCCCUCCACCACCAUGCUCUCCCCCAGCCCCGCCGCCAUGCCCGCAAAUUUGUACACCACCAACGCCGCUGGCGCCUUGUCGACCGAAGCCAAUUCUGAAGGGUUUGCAUUGGUCGCAGACAAAGGCUAUCAUAGCUAGCGCACUAGUGUUUAGUAUGAUAGCGGGUGCGUGUGUUCGAACCUUUAUAGGACGACCUCGCAUUGCGGCUUAUAAGGACUAUUACGAAAAAGCGGAGUUCGAUGAAUGGGCUGAUGAAAUGGCCAGGAAGGGCUUAUUCCAAGGCGUGCCUCUGGAGUCCUUGAAAGAAAAUAAAGACUAGACAAAAUAGGUUUCUUCUUGCUGUUCCUACACAAAUACUUUUUUAUU